AUGUAAACUUAAGAAAAUUGGUUGGACAACUCUAUAGAACCAUUUCAAAAGUUCGAAUAAGCUCAUUCCAAUUCUAUUGAAUGUCUGUAAUUUAAUCCUUCGAAUCAAUCUGAGUUGGCAACAGGUUCGCAUGAUAAAUUAAUAAAACUUUGGGAUGUUACAAAGUAAAAAGAAUCGUCUAAAUUUACAGGACACAAAGAAGGGGUUUGGUCGAUAAGCUAUUCACUUGAUGGAAAAUAAAUUUUUAGCGGAUCUCCCGAUAAAUCAAUUUUAGUUUGGGAUGCUAAAAGCGGAAAGAAUGUUUCAGCUUUAAAGGAACAUAAAAACAGAAUAUACUGGACAGAGGUGAGCGACAAUGGACUAUAUCUAGCAAGUGGAGGAUAAGAUGGACAUCUUAUACUUUGGGAUCUAAGAAAAUUGAAACUUAUAAAAGAUCUUUAAAUAUCCAUGGAUAUUGUUUACAACAUCAAUUUCAGCCAAUAAAGCAAAUACUUCUUUACUGGAGACUCAAUGGGAGUUAUUAAAGCUUAUGACAGUCAAAAAAUCGAAGAGAUUUCGAGUACAAAGCCUACAUAAAAGAAUAAAUGUUAUGCGAUUUAGUCAUUAAAAAUAUCAGAGGAUAACUAUAAAUUGUUUGUGGCAUCAAAAAAUUAAAGUAUUAGCGAGUAUAAUUUUGAUGGUAAGAAGAAAGAAUUAACGAAGGCUAACUAAUCUGCUGUUCAUUGUGAUAGUGUUCAUUGUUUAAAUUUUGAUAAGGAUAAAAGAAGAUUUGCAACAGGAGCUAGAGAUGGAGCUGCAAGGGUCUGGCAAACGGAAAGGAAGGGAGCUGUUUACAAUCCCUUGUACAAUUUGAUCGGACAUAAACAGAGAAUUACUGCAAUCGAAUUUCAUGGAACAGGAAAGAUGAUUGCUACUUGCAGUUGGGAUUAAAAUAUCCAUUUAUACAAAAUAUGA